AUGUGCCGGUGCCUUCGGGAGGACAACAUGAGCGGGUUGAAGCUUCUGUGGCUGGCAGGGAGGUCUGUGACUUUCACUUGCUAUGUCAUCAAAGACCCGAAGGAGCUGGUGUUCCGGUCUUUGUAUGCUUCCGAGGAUUAUGCGGCGCUGGGGGAGCUGACGGACAGCUGGAUACACUGGUCCGGGAAGGUGAACGCAUUGUUGGCCGACAUGGCCGGAAAGAAGAACCAGGAGCAGGAAACCUGGCUCAAGGAGAAGAAGAUCGCCUUCAAAGGUGCCACGAUGUCCAAGGGUCUGUUGAACGCGGUACUUUCAAUGAAGCGCUUUCCGAAGGACUCAUUGGUGACCCUCAGGAAGAUCGAGAAGGAGUUUGGGGUGGAGGUUUUCAGUUCGGGCUACACGAAGUUGACCCGCAUGUCGCAGCUUGCGUCGAGCCAUCUCACCAAUGUGGCAGCAGCUGUGCCUUGGACGCAAACACAGUGA